UAAAUUUUGGUCUAUUCAAAUAAUGUCACCCGCGACACAACAUAUUUUAUACCAUUAUAACAAUAAUAAUAAUAAUAACUAUAACGGGAGGACACAGCUCACCCAUAACGGUAACAAUCAAACGCGUAAGUCUAAUGUUGUGAACAUCCUACAGUGGAACUGUCAGGGUCUCCGUAGCAAAGCGGCUACCCUGCAGUCCCUCGCGUAUAAUUACGAUAUAAUCUGCAUUCAGGAAACGAUACUCUAUGAGUCAAACUACUUCCAUCUCAAAGGCUAUCAUACUGUUAGGCGAGACAUUACAGGUCCCAACAUGCGUGGACUCUGCAUUUUGAUCAAGGAAAACAUUUUUUAUUCCACCAUUGACCUUGACGCAUUUUCGCACCCUUCUUUAGAAAUUCUCGGUAUCAUCAUCAAGGUUGACAAUUCUCAGUGCUUGAUUGUCAACACUUAUCGCCACCCUUGCAGGUGUACUCCGUUCGCCGUUUUUAAUAGACUGCUUGAACUUCAGGACAAAUUCCAACUUACACUCUUGAUUGGCGAUUUUAAUUGCCAUCAUAUACACUGGUAUAACGCUUAUGAUGAUGGUCCCGGCCGGUCUUUAGCCAAAGCCAUAGAACUACACAAUUAUGUUAUCCUCAAUGAAAUGAGCCCUACCUUGAUGACGGCUCCAGGAUCUAGAGAUUCAAUUAUUGAUCUCUCUCUUUCUUCUCAUAAGCUAGCUCCUCUAUGUCUAUCCCAGACACUGAGUGACACCUGGGGUAGUGACCACUUCCCGCUAACUAUACAAAUUAAUGGACCUAUCAAACAAGCCAAAAAAUUCAUUUACAAAUGGCCUCUCUCCGAGGAACAAUUAAAAAUCUUUUAUGCUUUAUGUCUAAAAAAUCCAAUAAAACUCGAAGAUCUCUCAGGCUCUAACAGUUGCGAGAAAUACAUAGCAUUUGUCAAUCACAUCAGGAACAUCUUAUUCGAUCUCAUACCUGAAGAACAAAGAUUUCCUAGAACCAUUAACAUCAAGCCCUCUACUUCCCUCCCUCCCUGGUGGAACAAUGACUGCCAGAGAGCCGUCAACCUUCGUAGAGAAGCCACUGCCAUCUACAGAAAAUAUUCCACGUUCGAUAAUUACAAUUACUUUGUGCAGACCAAAAGAUCGUGUACCAAACUUCUCAAAAAACACAAAAGUAAAGGUUGGAAGAACCUCUGCCACACGUUUAAUUCCAAAACUCCCACUGCUGAGCUUUGGUCUCUGAUCAAACUUUUCAAAAAGCGCAAUCUAGUCAACGCACAUACUCAACCUGACACUGAAAGUGUCAUCAAGGCGCAAUCAGCUGUUAUUGAUAAGCUCUGCCCCCCUCAUGUUUGCAUUACUUUCAGGAUCCCUCUUGGACUAAUGGUACAUCGAGCUCUUUUGAUGAUGGCAGUGAUGACCUACAGAAUGCAUCCAAUGCUGACUUACAAGGCUUGGACCUGAACGUUUCUCUUCCCGAAGUCAUGGCGGCCGUAGAC